AUGCCGCGCCUCACGCACGGCUUUCUCCUCCUGCUGCUUGCCCUCGCAACAGCCACCUCGUUUGUGGCCGCGUUCCCCGCUCCCGGCGGUGCCAGGCCACUGCAACCCAUUGCUGUCCGCGCUGCCACUGCGGCGGCCGCAGCCCAGUUGAAAAAGAGCGAACGCGCCUACUUGCAACCAGCAAACAUUCGCAAGCUUGAGGCCCCAACAAAGCUCCAACCCCGCCAGGCCACUCCCAGCAAGCGUAUGGGCCAGCGCAGGCGCAACGUGAAGCGCGACACUGCCCCCAAGAAGAAGGAUUACUCGUCCUUCCUGUGUCCCGGUGGUGCCGUGGCUUGUCCUGUGGUCGACGACCCAGAAGGCAUCACUUCCGAGUCGGCCGCCACUCUGGAGGCGUCGCUCACUGCACUGGCCGACUGGUUCCGUGUGGGAUUCGAGUGCAUCGAGCUGGAUUCAGAGCUCAACCAGUGUGGUGGAUGUCUCGCUUUGGGCAAGGGUCGCGAUUGCUCUGCCAUUGACAACGCUCGCCAUACAGGCUGCGAGAAGGGCACAUGUGUCGUCUUUUCGUGCACGGCCGGCUACACCAUCAGCGACGACCGCAGCACAUGCGUCCGCAGCCCCGACGAAGCUGUCUCGGUGCAGCAUUCGUUUGGUCGUCUCAUGUGA